AUGAUUAAUUAAGAAUGUGAUACAAAAAUUAAGUAAAUAGCCAUUAAGAGUGCUUUAAAAAAAGAACUACCUAAUGAAGAAUAAAGUAUUUUAUUUACUGACCAAUAAAGUGUUUAGACGUUACGAUAGAAAAGGUAGAUAAAUUGCUUUUGGUUCUAAAUAUGAAGUUACAAUAGAUGAACAUGUUCAAUUUUUAUAAGCUAUCCCUCGGAUUUCUACUCCAGGUGAUACAACCAAAUCUCCAUUAGGAAUACCUUUAAACUAAAGAUCACCAAGAAGCAAAUCUCCUUUAAUGGACAAAGCUGAAACUGCCACUCCAAUUUAGAAUUCUUCAAAAAAAUUGGAAUUUACAUAAAAAGAAGAAGAAUCUUUGAAAAAAUUAGAAAUCAAUUAUCAAAAAUAAAAAAAGCUUAGUAAAGAAUCAAAAUAAUGCUGUAUAAUCUGGUGA